GCGCACCUAGACUCGUCGUACCUAUGCCCACCGUCGAUGACUUAGCGACUCGACCUUAAAAUUAAUUUCACAAUGCACUAGUCAAGUCAAAAUUCAAUUGUAAUAACUAAGUUCUGUCUUAUAAAAACAUUUCAAGAGAAGAAGAUAGCAGUGGGGAGGGAGACCAUGAUCCAUUUAUGAUUUCUCUUAUUAUAAUGCAACCACCACCGUGCUCCACACCACACGUGUUCUUCAUAUGCAGUUUGCCCAACUACAAAGCAAGUCCUUUGAAUUGAAUGAAUUGAUUGAAUGCCAUAACUAAAACUUGUGGUACGUGCAAUUUGAUACUUUAGAUUAAUGGACGGCUAAACAUUCGUCGGCGCAUGCUGCCAAACACCAUCAUCUUUGAAAUAAAGCCAGAAGAGAUUAAGCCAGCUUCUGCAGAGAAAGGGGAUUUUUUUUUCAAGACUGAAACCUUCCAAAGUUCCAUCCUUGUUUCUUCCUUCCUUUCCAACACUUGUUCAAGUUUGACUAACACUCUGUUUGUUUUGAGGGGUAAAUGGAGGGGGGUGCAACUUUUUGGGGGUAAAUGAGAAUCCCAAAAAAUAUGUACCUGUUUGGAUAAUUAUCAACAGUAGGUAGGGGGUGCAUUAAAGGGGUAAUUAUACUGUUUUACUUAACCCCCCAAUUUGGGGCGGAAGGAAGGGAAGCAAAAAAUUAUUUGCUUUUAUAUUUUUUUUUUCUCCUCCCCACUUUAUUUUCUACGGUUCUUCUUUUCCCUUUUACUUUGUUCUCUUCCAUCUCUCUUCCGCCAUUCACUGCGAAAGCCUACCCAUCCCACCCAAACAAACCAUAAACCUAGAUUUAGGAGAUAGAAAUUCUGAUUCCGCCCACUCCGACUCGUCGGCUUCAAUCGGCCGGCGGAGUCCUGUCAUCCUCAUCUCCGAUUGCUGUGUUAUACAGGAGUUGGGUCGAUCUACUAUUCUUGCUGUGGUGUUCUGUUUUUCGGAUCGUUGGCCUGCUCGACAAGGGUUCUUCAUUCAAAAUUUGCUGGACUUGUCCCUGCUCUUUUUGAAGGUGAAUAUGAUAAACCCCAACUUUGUCCAUGAUUAUCACUUCCCCAAUCGCUAUUUCUUCCUCUCUUUUUUUUUUUUUGGUUAGAUGAAUGCUUAUAAAUCCCUCUUUGAGUUCCUUCCAAUAUUUGCACUGUGUCCGUAUAUAAUUUUGUUUAGCUAUAACAUUUCCCUCUAGUAUAAUUAGUAGAUGACAUGAUUAUUUGCCUUCCGUUUAUUUUUUAAGCUUUAUCCAAUGCAUUAGGUUAGCACUAGAUGGGUUCUCAUUGUUAGGUUAACGUUUGGGGAUGGAGGGAGAAGAUGAAGGGCCAGGGGCAACCUUAAUUACUUUCCAUCAGUUUCCAUCUUUUAUCUGCUUUGGUUUCUUUCUCUGGGGAUUAAUUGGGCAAUGGAAAGUCAGGCUUGGGAAAGAGAGGCUUUUAUGGUUGUCAAUUGGGAAGAGAGGGAGAGAGGGUAGAGGGAGAAGUAAAGGCCAAUGGCAAUGGCGUGCAACCUCUGGUAUGUGAAAGAAACAGGGGGUUUUAAAAUGAAAAGCUGAUUCUUUGAGUGAGACUCUGUUAUGGUGUUCUGUAUCUUUCCUUUUUAAUUAUGUUGAUAAAAUAUGUAUGCUUAUAAUAAGGAGUGUCAUCAAUUUGAAGAUGUGAGUGCUUCUAUUAAGAGCAUGGUCGAGAUGUUGGAUGCAGGUAACAAGAUUGCUGAAAGAUCCACUAAGGAGCUGAUUGGUGCUAUCGAGAGAGGUAAUUCAAUUCAAGAACAUCAACGAGAACGUAUUUAUCAUGCAAAUGAAAUUUAUGCAGAAUUGGAGAGGUUGGACUUGCCUGAAACCUUACUCGAUCAAGCUUAUAAGUUCUUUGUGGGUAAUCGACAGCAGACAAGCAUGAUGUUUGGUUUGCCAGAAGGGGCACGCUUGCGGUUUGUGAUGAGCUUGUCUAACAAACCAUCUUUCUGGAUGAAUGAUGACUAGAGUGUUUGUUAGUUAUUUUUGCUUAUAUGUCUAAAAGCCAGGUAUUAUUAUGCUUGUAAUUUUGAGUGUUAUGGUCUUGCUGAUGAACCAUGAGCCAUGACCUAUACAUACUGAAAUGGUCAUUGGUUACUAGUAGAAAGCAAGCUGUGGCUUUUAUGAAUGUCCCGUAUGUACAAAUUGUGAACUUUAUCUUGUUAUUAGGAUGCAGUGGGCUGUAAAGUGACUUUAUCACCAUGUUUGGGAACAUGUCUUUAUAUAUGAUGCCUAUAUAUUAUGUAAGAAGUCACAUAAUUAGUAAUUAUUUUUAAUAUAAUAACUAUUAUGAU